GUCAUCACUGUUCAUUUGGCGUCUGUCAGAGUUAGAGUCAGCUUGCUAAAGGUUCAAACCAAAUAAGAAGAAGAGUUGAAAUGAGAAUCAGACUCCUCUCUGUGGCUGCCUGGCUCUUUACCCUUCUCUGCCCCAGCCACGAGGUUCAGGUGAUGCAACCUGAGAACCGGACACUCAACCCCGACGGUACUGUCUCCAUCACCUGUAGUCACAUAGACACAGAUGAGCUCUUUGUCAUUGACGCCAGGCUGAACAGACUCAAUAACACUGAUGUUACCAUGGUCUGUCAGGUGAAUAACAGUCACAUGGCUGACUGCACCGACAUGAAGGUGACACAGAACCAGUACAAGUUCACAUUACACAACUUAAAGGCUGAGGACGUCGGCGGUCUGUUCCAGUGUGAGUUCUCCUUGUCAUCUGCUGUUACCAUGACACCCAUUCAAACUGUAACGGGGAAACGCUCCACCAAACUGCUGCCAGGACUAGCAGCAGAUGCUCCUGUCCUCGUGUGUCCUUCCCCUCUACCUGAGUCCCCUGAGGCUGAGCUGAUUGACGAACUGAAGUGGAUUGUGAUUGGCCUGUCUGUGUUCCUCUGCUUCUACAGCUUCACCAUCACCUUCUUCUAUAUCAGGCUGAGGGUCCGUAGAUCUGAGGAGCUGUAUGAUUCGCUGACAUACGUCCCCAUGCAGCCUAAUCAGACCCAACCUACGACCGGAAGAGGGAACAUGAACUCAACCUACAUGGAUAUGAGGAAGGUACCAGUUGGAGUGAGAGGCUCACGAUCCAUCAACCACAAUUCCCAACUCAUUUGUUGACCAAGUAAAGAGACCUUCAACUGAUCAGAUCAAUUAGAUUCAGAACCAUUCCUUUUGAAGCCUAAUGUAUGAAAGAGCUGGUAACACUUCAAGGCCCAAUGCUUUAUUAGUUAUUUAUUAGUUAUAAGAAUGUAUAGGAGGCUUUCUUUUUUUCCUUUUUUU